GGCCUUUACUCUAUUAAAUAACUAACAGACUGAAUGACAGGGCUACGAUGAUGAUCAACAAAAUCACAAUUGUAAAAUAAAUUGGACUUUUAACAAUAACAGUGAGUUCUUUGUUGUGUUUGGUAUGUGGUAGUCCAACGAACGGCUUAAAAGACUAAAGAAAACAGUGACAGCAAUGCCAAACACAAGUAAAUCAUAAAAAAAAGGACAGUAUUAAACUUAAUUUUAACGUUUCAUUUGAGUGGAUAAAAUCAAAAAAGAAAUGGAAGAGGAUGGUCGUGUAGUGUUUUGCUGUCAAAGAUGCUGGACACCAUUGAAACUGGAUACAGGCUUCAGCUGUUCCCUGGAUGAACACACAAUAGCAGAAUUAUCAUUACCGGCUGUUCGAACACCUGAACUGGAUUACACAUCACAAGCUUCAAGCCUUGAUAACUAUGUUCCAAGUAGACAAGACCACUUGUCUAUUAAUCAAGGAUUUACUUUUGUUGGUCAUGCAAUUGCUGGAAAUUCUGGAAAUACCAACAUUGGGCAUCUCAGCCACUACAUUAGAAAAUCUACUAGGUUGUUUGAUCUUGUUUCCAGUACAUCAGACAUAGAUCAUCCUCUUUGUGAAGAUUGCUCAGAUUCACUAUUAAUACUUUUAGAGCAACAGCUUUUCCAGAGUGAAGAAGAGUGUCUAGAGUACAAGCAAUUUUUGGCAAAGAUCACUAAAGAAACUGAGGAUGAGAACUUGUCCAACUUGGAAGUAAUAGAGAAAGAAUUACUCUGCCUGCAAGCCGAAGAACUGGAGUUGAAAAAUGAACUAAAAGAACUGGUUCAUAAGCAUGAGCUGAUCACCAAAGAAAUUGAAGCUGAGAUAGAAGAAGAAAAUAAUGUUAAACAGGAAGAAGAGAAAUAUUGGAAAUCAUACAGCGUACAUCGCAAUCAACAAUUUCAAGUGCUAGAUGAGCAAAUAAGUCUUGAGUGCCAGUUGAGAUUCACGCGGUCGAAUCUGGACCGUCUCAAACAAACCAAUGCGUUCAAUGCCGCAUUUCAUCUGUGGCACAUGGGUCAUUUUGGCACCAUAAACGGAUUGAGAAUGGGUAGAUUGCCGUCUGUUCCCGUUGAUUGGGCUGAAAUUAAUGCCGCCUGGGGCCAAGUAACUAUUCUUCUUUCUGCACUAGCGCGCAAAGUUAACCUUGUUUUCCAGCGCUAUAAAUUAGUGCCGUUCGGAAGUCAGUCGAGUAUUGAAGAUCUCGUGGAAAAUAAGGUUUUCCCCCUCUACGGAUCGGGCGGCUUUCGAUUCCUGUGGGAUGCAAAGUUUGAUUCCGGAAUGUGCUCAUUUCUUGAUUGUUUACAACAAUUCCAGCAAAAAGUGGAAGGCGCCAAACAGUCAGAGGACGAUACAGGACGCCUUAAUUUUCAGUUUCCUUACAGGAUGGAACGAGGUCGGAUCGAAGAUCGUGCAACUCGCCAAUGGUAUUCAAUCAAGAUACAAUUCAAUUCUGAGGAGCAGUGGACCAAAGCCCUGAAAUUUAUGUUAACUAAUUUGAAAUGGGGAGUCGCUUGGGUUGCUGCCCAGAACUCGUUGCCAGAAUUAUUGUAAUCGAUUCUUCAUCAUGUCUUGAGUUACAAAAAAUUGCAGACGGACGAAAUAUAUUCUUACAUACGUGUAUGCUCGUAAAGAUUAUUAUGUCGGUUGUAAAUGAUAGUAAAUCCCGAAAUAAAAUGCUCUUCAUCUA